ACUAGUCUUCCUUCUUCUCUCUCUCUCUCUCCCCCCUUCCGUCCGUCUUGUCCGGUGCUGGUGCUAUCUUCUUUUCCGGCGAGGCGACCACCGCAGGCUUCCUCGCCGGAUGUCGGUGCACCCACCCGAUGCUUACCCCCUCCUCUGGCAUCCCCUCGCCGCCUCCCCCGCUCUCUGCCGCUAGCCCCCUCUCCACAUCAUACUUCCUCCCGUCGCUUCUACCUCGCCGCCGAUGUUUUCCCGCCCCCAAAGCCGCCGCCUUUCCGCCCAAGCGCCCAACAUCCGUUUCCACCAGGAACCUCCCGGCCGAGACCCCCGCUCCCUCCUCAUCCUCCUCCACGGACCCCGUCCAGGUCCAGGUCCCCCGCCCGUCCACCGCCGCGGCGCCUUUCAUCCGCGGAGGAGAGGACCCGCUCGUAUCCAAGCUCCGCACCCAGCUCGGUGUCAUCCACCCGCUACCCGCGCCGCCACUCAGCCGCUCCGUCCUCGGUCUCUUCGCCCUCUUCUUCUUCGUCGGCGCCGCCUUCGACAAGCUCUGGACGCUGCGCAAGCGCCGACGCGCCGAGCGGGAGCUCAAGGUCAAUGGCUCCUGGCCCCAGGUGCCCACCUCCAGCUUCUCCCUCUUCCUCGAGGAGAAGGACCUCCAGCGCAAGGAGUCCGUCGAGUGGGUCAACAUGGUGCUCGGAAAGCUGUGGAAGGUCUACCGCACAGGCAUCGAGAAUUGGAUCGUCGGGCUGCUCCAGCCCGUCAUCGACAACCUCCAGAAGCCCGAUUACGUCAACCGCGUCGAGAUCAGGCAGUUCUACCUCGGCGAGGAGCCCCUCUCCGUCAGGAACGUCGAGCGAUGCACCUCAAGGCGCGCCAACGACCUGCAGUACCAAAUUGGCAUUCGUUAUGCUGGUGGAGCACGCAUGGCAUUGGCACUAUCCCUAAAGUUUAGUGAAGUACCAGUCGUUGUGCCAGUUUGGGUUCGAGAUUUUGAUAUCGACGGGGAGCUGUGGGUUAAACUAAGGCUUAUACCGACAGAGCCUUGGGUGGGAGCUGUAUCUUGGGCUUUUGUAUCCCUUCCAAAGAUUAAGUUUGAGCUGUCACUGUUCCGGCUAUUCAAUCUUAUGGCGAUUCCUGUUCUCUCAAUGUUUCUCACAAAACUUCUGACAGAAGAUUUGCCACGUCUCUUUGUGCGUCCCAAAAAGAUCGUCCUUGAUUUUCAGAAGGGAAGAGCUAUGGGACCUGUUUCAGGAAGUGUUGCAAGUGACAUAAUUCAAAAUAUUGCAAGUGACAUAAUCCAAGAUGGGAAUAAGGACUUCGUUGGAGAACUAUCAGUGACACUAGUUGAUGCUAGAAAGCUUAGCUUUGUCUUAUUUGGCAAGACAGAUCCAUAUGUUGUCAUGAUUCUUGGUGAUCAAGUCAUAAAGAGCAAGAAGAACAGUCAAACAACUGUGAUUGGACUACCAGGAGAACCAAUUUGGAAUCAAGAUUUUCAUCUGCUAGUUGCAAACCCUCGCAAACAAAAGUUGUCUAUUCAAGUGAAGGAUUCAAUUGGUCUAACUGACACCACUAUCGGCACUGGAGAGGUUGAACUUGGGUCACUUAAAGAUACAGUACCUACAGACAAAAUUGUAACCUUAUAUGGAGGAUGGGGCUUGUUCGGAAAACGACCAGCCGGGGAAGUGCUACUUCGUCUCACAUACAAGGCAUAUGUUGAGGAUGAAGAAGAUGAAGGGGUGAAAACCGAGUUUGCUGCGGGUUAUGUUUCAGAUGAGGAUGUGCUAGAUUAUGUCCAAGGUGACAUAAACAAUGGAAGCGAUUUUGUCGGUAAAGAAAGAGAAACUUUCAUGGAUCUCCUUGCUGCAUUGCUAGUCAGUGAGGAGUUCCAAGGUAUCGUGUCAUCUGAAGCCGGAAGCUCAAGUGGUCCUGAACAGGGUGCUGAUCAGCAGGCCGCUGGAUCGGAAACUGCUGGCAAUGUUGUCAGUACUGCAGCUAAUAGGGAGACUGUAUCCAAUAGCUCGACAGAUACCACUCUGGUCUGGCUUGCCGCUAUAACAAGUGUAAUGGUGCUUGUCUCCUCCAACCUUGGUGGUUCAGGCUAUUUCAACCCUUAAAGCCAGCCAUUAUUGUAGCUGAAGAAGCUGUUCUUUUUUCUUGGUUUUGUUUUGUUUAUAAUGGCUUCCCGUAGCAUCUCAUCUGAUCCACAGUAGCUGUAAAUGCUCAUCUUGUUUUUUUGUCGUGGGCCCCGGCAAGUGUAAGUUCAAAUUGCAGAGGAAUGGAUUGGGUUUUUUGCGGCUAUGAUAGUUUCUUCUCUGCUCUUGUUCGA